AUGAGCCGAAUAUACGCUCCCGCGGAGACUCUUGUCCUCCUUUUCGGCUUGAGUCAGAGUUCUGCCGAGAGCUUGGCCCUCUUCCGGCUCAGCAUCGACCUCGUCGCCAUCCCAGUCCUGGGCGGUCCUGUUAUGAUCGCUAUCAGAAGUCUCGUUGUCAUGCUUGUCCUGCGGGUCUGGGUCGCUGUGAUCAUGAUCGUGCUGAUGGUGGUCGCAGUGCGGCGCAUCCCCGAGCCUGUUGGCAUAGGCGCCACGGCCCAUGAUGCUCCGGUCGCGCUUGUCACAAUUCUUGGUUUCCUUGGUGCCAUUGGUCCCAUUGCCAAUCGUAGUCGUAGUGGUGGCGACCGAAUCGAUAUUUGUCUUGACAUGAUGACGACAGGGCUUGAGAGCAUCGGUUGCUCCGUCUACUGUGGAUGCUCCGGCCUUGGUUCGUGGCUCCGCAGUAACCGUCGCUGA